UAAGUAAUACUGGUUGGAGUGGUGCGAGGGUGUGCUGUGCUGUGUGCCGGGGUUGUUUAAGCGUGCCGUAUAUCGGUUCGUUAACGGCGGAACCGGGAACUCUGUGUGUCAAGAAGGGAAAAAAAGCUCUCCUUCUCCCGUGAUAGAGAGAGGGCCGAAGGAGUGCCAUGCGUUACGAAUCCACCGUAUCUUCGCAUGACGACCGUUUAGUUCAACGUGCAAGAAGCCACAAGCGGUCUGCUGGGGUUGAAUCCGAUCACUGAUUUGGGACUAGAAGCUGAAAGAAAGACUAAAAACAUGGGAUGCAAUACGGGCCGAUGCCUCGGUCCAGACGAUACGGGGUACCCUGGAUCAGAAUUCAUGGCAGCCAUUAGGAAGAAAUUGGUUAUUGUGGGUGAUGGUGCUUGUGGUAAAACAUGCUUACUCAUAGUCUUCAGCAAAGACCAGUUUCCUGAAGUGUAUGUACCUACGGUAUUUGAAAAUUAUGUUGCAGACAUUGAGGUCGAUGGAAAGCAGGUGGAACUGGCUCUUUGGGACACAGCUGGACAAGAAGAUUACGAUAGGUUGCGUCCGCUGUCGUAUCCUGACACAGACGUAAUCCUAAUGUGCUUCUCCAUCGACAGUCCCGAUUCCCUGGAGAACAUUCCCGAGAAGUGGACACCAGAGGUGAAGCACUUUUGCCCAAAUGUGCCCAUUAUCCUUGUUGGAAACAAAAAAGACUUGCGCAAUGAUCCUAAUACUAUCAAGGAGCUUAGCAAGAUGAAACAAGAACCAGUAAAACCCGAAGAAGGUAGAGCUAUGGCUGAGAAAAUUAAUGCGUUUGCUUAUCUUGAAUGUUCUGCUAAGAGUAAGGAGGGUAUUAGGGAAGUAUUUGAAACAGCCACCCGGGCAGCGCUACAAGUAAAAAAGAAGAAGAAGGGAAGAUGUUGGCUCUUAUAAUUCGUGUCGUGAAAUUGUUAUACUGGAGGCCCCCCAGCAAGAACCAUAAUAUAAUAACAACUUAUCCUGAAUUAUUUUACAUAAUAAAACAAAUCUAUGAAAAAGUAAAACACAAAAUGCGCCCGCAAUAUAUAUACUGUCAUCGAUGAAACCGGAGACUUAAAAAAGAACGUUGACUAAAUUCAAUAUAAGUAUAUGUGCUAUAUAUGUGAAACCAUAAUGUAUAUUGUAAUGACUUCUUGAUUGUAUUUUUUAAUGGUAAUGAAUUGUGCUUCGAGUUUAAAGAAUUAAACAAUUGUCAUACCAACUAUUUACGUUUACAGUACAUAAUUAUCUAUAUCGUUGUAGCAAUUAUUACUAUUAUUAUUAGUAUCUCAGUACUAUCGAUAUGCAUUCUACAUCUCUUUUUUUUUCUUAAACCAUAGUGACUGUUUAUUUUUGAUAAAAGAACAUGGAAGGAAAGGAUGAAAGAAGUUGGGGGAAUUCGUAAACAAAGUAUAAAGAGAAAAAGAGGAGAGUAGAAACGUAGUAUGCAAUGCAAAGUCAUAGAAAGCAAUGUAUAAGAAUCUAAAGCAAAACGUUAAGAAUUCCAAAUGUUGCGUCGCUAUUUUAUCGAGCCAUCGCAUUAUCUAUAUUUCUUAAACAAACAAAAAAAAGUAACAAACGUUAUAUUAUACUAUAAAAUUGCGUAAGUAGACGAGCGGAUCACUUUGAUCUUUAAGAUACCAACUAGGCUAAAUGUAUUAUUAUUAUUAAUUAUUAUUAUUAAUUAUUUUUAUUAUUAUAUUAUUGUAAUACGAUGACACUAACAUUACGGAUUGUAACAGCGGCUAUAUUAUAUUUAUGUAUUUCGACUACACAUCCCUUGUAUCCAAUUGAGCACACGAAAAAUCUCCUGGAUUUCAUUUCGUUGCGCCAUACUUCUUAAAUAAUCUAAAGUGAUCAAUGUAAUCAGGAAACGUUUAAUACCGUCAACGCAGGGCGAACAAAUUUCACAGAGUAUAUUCAUUUUCGUAGUGGAUGUGUAACUUGCACGAUGUUUUCUAAAAAAUAUUUCAAUUUGAAAGUAAUAUGCAUUGUUUAAGAACAUCGAUCAAUUUACGAAUUUCAAGUUACCUCUUUUUGUAAAAUGAUUAUCAAGCCCGUUUAAAUCAUCCUAUAUUUUUCCUUCCUUUUGUUUCUUUUUUUCUCCAUUUGUAUACAUACUAUUUCUAAACUUUUAAAUCUUACGCGUCUUCUAUUAAAACUAAUCUAUAAUGUUCAUAAGGUAGUUGUUUUUUGCAAGAACUAUUGAAUUAACGACUGCAAUGCAGUCUUAGCCAUUGAUUUAAUGAAUGACUGUGGAAUUGUGUUCAACAAACUUUUUUUAACGGUGAGCAGUACUACUGUUCGAUUACGCUUUUAAACUGGAACUGCAUAAAGUUGCAACCAAAUUUUGCAACGGUUUCAAUUAUUACUUGUCAAGGAUUCAACGAUUCAGAGAUUGACACUUUAUUGUCAAGAAAAAGUCUUUGUUACGAUUAAGCAUUUGAAGCACAAAUUUCAUUGAUAACUUAUAAUUGGUAGAAAAAUCCUUCUAUAACAUUGAAAUGAUACGUAUGUUGCUGGGAUUUUUUAAAUAAAUAGCAAGUAGAAAAUCUUGAAAUCUAAAUGUGUCGCUUUUGUAAAUCAAAUCCCGUUGCAAAGUUUGUUCUUUUUAUAAUAAUUUCUGAAGGAUGUACUGUUAAUUAUGAU